CAUUUCAGUUGCGCGAAGUUAGAAGUGGUCGCUUGUACCUGUCCACUCGUGCUACAACGCGUAAGCACCAUGCCAGCGAUCUCAACGCACACGAGGCUUUUGUUAGAGAUCAAAAUGCUUCUGCUUAUGCUUCUGCGGGAGAGAAGAGAGAGACGAGAGCAGCAACGACGUCAGCAGCGGAGACGACGUAUCUUGGAACAAAGACAGCAGUUAUUGAGGCAACGAGGACAACAGCAACAACAACAACAAAGACGGGGACCUUACCAAACAGCUGUGCACCACAGGCAACAAGGAGACAAAAGCUUCUUUCUCAACUACUACAGAUUAUUGCCACAGAAUUUCGACACGCUUUUGAGCAUUGUGGCUGCUGACCUGACCCGUGUGCAGCUGUUUGAUCCCUUGGUGCCUGCAGAGCAACUGGCGUUAACACUGAGUUACCUGGGAUCGGGGAACGAGAUGGAUCAAGUAGCACUAGCAUACCGUGUCAGUUUCCAAACUGCCAAGCGAUGCAUUCUUCACACAUGUCGAGUUAUAUGGGCACGUCUCAAGGAUCGCUUCAUGCCAACACCAACCAAAGAUCACUGGAAGAAGAUAGCCAGUGGAUUUUCCACUAGGUGGCAAUUCCCCAACUGCUUGGGGGUUGUCGAAGGAAAGCACGUGGCAAUUCUACGCCCUCAACAGUCUGAAAACAAGUACAUCAACUACAAGGGAACACACUCAAUAGUUCUCAUGGGGGUCGUCGACAGCAGUUGCAAGUAUGUGCUCGUCGACGUGGGUGCCGAGGGCCGCCUGGGCGAAGGAGGCACGCUCAAAGACUGCAAGUUUGGCAAGGCCCUUGUCAAUGGAGACCUUGACAUACCUCCACCUGGCCCUCUCCCAGGGACUACAAGAACCGUGCCUUACGUCUUCAUCGGAGAUGAAUCGUUUCAGCUAAGGAAAGAUGUCAUGCGCCCAUUUCCAGCAAGGCAGCGUGAGGACGAGCGAAGGGUCUUCAACUACAGGCUGAACCGAGCGAAACGGUGUGCCGAAAAUGCUUUCAACCUCACAGUAUUUCGGUGGCAGAUCCUUCUUCGGAAAAUUAAUUUGCCCCCCGCAGAUGUGGACUAUAUUGUCAAAGUUGCGUGUGUCUUGCACAACUUCGUAAUGGACCUCGAACCACUGUCGAAGGACUAUCCAGACCAAGAGGAUGAUUUUGGCAAUGUGAAGGAAGGACCUUGGCGUCCAAUCAUGAGAAAUAUUAUUCUAUGGGACAAAGAGAAGCACUUUUUCCCCCUUGAAGCAACCCUUUCGAGGAACCACACGUCUGAGGCAGCGCACACAAGGAACCUCAUCACAGCCUACUUUUGCGGCAAAGAGGGCGAAGUCCCAUGGCAGUGGAGCCAGUCAGGUGUUUCAAAAGAAGGUGCUCUGAAACGCCUACGUGAAGAGCCUUGCUACCAACUACUAUGACGCUGCAGCCGAGAGCUGUCCCUGCCUUGUCGUGUUCAUGGGUGUCGUUGAGGCCAAUCAUGAUCGUCAAGGUGCAGUGAUGGAAGUGACCUUCGCCACCACUACCCCUGCAUCAACCUCCCCAUCCAGCUCAAUCACUUUUGAGCGGGCCACACUGCCAAACUUGUACAUAAUGUUCAACAAUGCCACUGCCGCUGGUUCGGCAUUUCAAGGUUGACCAACGUGAUGUUACAUUUCAAGAAAAAGAUGGAUGCUUUUAAUUGUUUAUCUUUUUGCCUGCGCAUAUGUUCUCAGAAGAUGGCGUUAGUAAUGUGAAAAUAAAG